ACUCCCUCUCGCUCUCAGAAUACUUAGACAUGGCGGCGCAAAGCAUUCCUUUCUCUUAGGCUUUUGCCCUUUUCACCGCCACAACCGCUUUCUUCAUCUCCAUUUCUACUGAAUCAAGCUUGCUGCUCUCUAUCUAUAUACAUGGUGAUGGCUGACAACGAGGGAAAAGAUAACCCUGACAAUCACAAAGAUACUCCUGCUCCUGCUCCAUCGCCUAUGAAAUCACCGUGGAAGAUAACUUCUCCACCAACACCACCACCACCACCACCACCACCACCACCGGCUGUGGUUGAUGUGCCAGUUGAGACCGCUAAUGCUGAUUCCAAUGCUUGGCCGGCGCUCUCUUUGUUAAAGCCCCCUUCGGCUGCCGAUGCAGCUACUACUGCUACUACUACCCCUGCUUCUGCAAUUCCUUCUAAACAAAACCAGGUGCCUUCUGAGCCGCAAAAGCCACAUGGGGGCGGAAACCAGAAUUCUUCCUCUAGGUACCCGACACGCCAACACAAAGUGGCCUCAAAGCACAACCCAAACGCUGUACCAUCCUUUCAUGGACCAUUACCCUACCAUCAACCAGCAAUUCCAGCUGUUUAUAGCGGCAUGGCACCUUGGCCCCCACAUAUUCCUGUCUGUGGAUAUGCUUACCAGCCUGCUGCUGGAUCGUUUUCUCCAGCAGAUGGAACCAUUACAGCUCCACCACGAGGCAAUCCUAAUACUUAUGCUGUUGAAUUUUCUAAUAGAAGACCUAAUGUUCAAGAAAACGGAGACCAUUUUAAUCCUGGAAGGCAAAACCAGAGACCAUUAGGUUUGAAAGAGAACAGUGAUCUGCAGCAAAAUGCUGGGCCAAGAGCCUUCAUAAGGCCCCCCUUUUUUGGUCCACCUGCAGGAUUUAUAAGUGGACCUACCUUUCCUGGUCCUCCUGGUUCUAUUGUCUAUCUUCCUGCCCUACCUCCGUUUUCUGUUAGGGGACCACAUCCACCCUUUAUUGUUCCGCAUCCGUCGAGCCCUGGGAUUCCUGUGUUACCUUCACAGACACAAGCCCUGAGAGCUAAUAUCACAAAGCAAAUUGAAUACUAUUUCAGUGAUCAGAAUCUACAGAGUGAUCAAUACUUGCUUUCCUUGAUGGAUGCCCAUGGAUGGGUUCCAAUAUCUACUAUUGCCGACUUUAAAAGGGUUAAAAGGAUGAGUAAAGAUAUACCGUUUAUCGUGGAUGCCUUACAGAGUUCUAGCACUCUUGAAGUGCAGGGUGACAAGGUGAGAAAGCGUGAGGAGUGGUCAAAGUGGAUUUCAGCUUCUGUGGGAAAUAAAUCUCUUUCCAUGCAACAAUCUGAAGAGGAUGUUAUCGAUUUUUCAAAGAAAGAUAUUUCUGGUGAGGAUACCAUUGAGGACAACUUACAAGGGACUGUUGAAUCUUCUAAAAGUAAAGAUAUGGUUGACAGCGAUUUAGGCAUCGGACCUAUUUCCAAGUCUAAUAUCAAGCCCUUGGACACUGGCAGUGAUCAUGGUUCAGCUGGUAGGAUGGCAAAAUCAAUAGAUCACUUGAGCACUGAAAAUCAGUGCAUGAAGGCACCUUCAGAAUUCUGCGGACAGAAUCUGGAUAAUGUUUGUGAUGAUUUUGCAAGCACAUUCAUGUUUGACGAGGAGCUUGAACUUGAACAUAAAGCAGGCAAGAAAGAUCACUUUUCUUCUAAAUCAAGGAUGGAUGAUGAAGAUGACGAAAUGGUUGUUAAUGAUCAGGCAGUUGAGAGACUUGUAAUUGUUACCCAGCAGAAUAACAGGAAAGGUGAAGGAACUAGAGGUCAUGUAGAGGAAACAAAACUGUUUUCCAAUGAACUUGCUUCUGCCAUAAAUGAUGGUCUAUACUACUAUGAACAGGAGCUAAAGUCAAAGCGAACUAAAGGUAGGAGAAACAAUGCAACAAAUGAAAGCAAGGAAGGGACUUCCAAAUCUCCUCGAGUUGCUUAUGUCAUAGCAAAUCAGAAGGCUAUCUCAGGCAAUUGCUGUGAAGUGCCUGGCAGCACUAAUUCUAGAAGGAAGCAAAAUAAAGGCUUCUCCAAGCAACAAUCACUGAAGAACCAGCGAUUGUUUUCCAGCAACCUGAAGAAUAAUGGAAGUGGUCAAAAUUAUCCUGGUAUCGUAUCAGAAAGUCCACCUAGUAGUUCAGUCGGGUUUUUCUUUGGUUCAACACCUCCUGAAAAUCAUGGAUUGAGGCCUUCAAAGCUUGGUGCUUCUCCUCAUGGCUGCUUUACAGGCAGUAGUCCACCUGUAGGCUCCUUGCCAAAGCCAUUUCCCCCUUUCCAGCACCCUAGUCAUCAGCUUCUAGAAGAAAAUGGUUUCAGGCAGCAAAAGUAUGUAAAGUAUCACAAGCGCUGCCUAAGUGACCGGAAGAAAUGUGGAAUUGGAUGCAGUGAGGAAAUGAAUACGCUGUACAGAUUCUGGUCAUAUUUUCUAAGGGACAUGUUUGUUCCUUCAAUGUAUAAUGAAUUCCGGAAAAUUGCAUUGGAAGAUGCAGCAGUUGGUUACAAUUAUGGAAUGGAAUGCCUGUUCGGAUUUUAUAGUUAUGGUUUAGAGAAAGAAUUCAGAGAAGAUGUAUAUGAGGAUUUUGAACAGCUAACUCUUGAUUUCUACCAUAAGGGAAAUAUUUAUGGUCUUGAAAAAUACUGGGCAUUUCAUCACUAUAGUCAGUCAAAAGAGCACAAAAAGCUCCCGGAACUGGAAAGGCUACUCAGAGAAGAAUACAGAAGCUUGAACGACUUUAAGUUAAACCGUGCAAAAACAAAAGCUACUGGACCCAAAAACGAUAGCAGGAAACCAGCAGCAGAUCCUGACAUUUCACAACAGAAGUGAGGUGAGAGAUUACAAUUAUGAGAAUAUUAUCUAACACCUUAUAGAGAUACAGAGGGAUAGCAGAUCUCUUCUGUGACAACGUUAAGAAUGGUCACUGUACAUAGAUAGUUGUACUUUAUCGGAGGCGGCUGACCUUAUUCUGUUGUUCUGUUCCCUGCCGAUUUUCAGAACUUGUGUUUAUCUGCUAAAUUUGGAGACCCUUUUUUCAGUCUGUGAAAUGCAUCUUUUUGUUUAUAAAUAGACUUUGUUGAAUGAGUAUUGCUUUUUGCAUUAA